CGAGCCGGACAGAGCGCGUUACAGCAACAGGACCCACUUUAUAUAGAGCUAAAUUUGCCGACAUCCGGCGAGCCUCUCAAUUGGUCCAGAUUCUUGGCUUGAAUACUUAUAAACUUAGAGGACCUCCUACCAUUCAAAGUUGUUCAAAGUCUUGGAAGCGCAACCCUGGAGAGGAGAAAGUAAAGAGAGACGCACUCAUUCCAGUGCGGCAAGGCAAUACAGUGACACGGUUUUGAGCAGAUAUAUUUGUAUUUUAUUUCAACAAACGAUGGCUUCAUCCGGAUUGAUGCUGCCGUCAUUUUCAACGUUCUCAAACCAAAGAGAAAGGCAAUGGGAAGAUAGAUGGAAAGUAGAGACGGACAAGCCACUCUGCUCCGUGUUCGAGAUGGUGCACAGCUCGGACACCCGGAGCAGAAAGGACGACGAGGAUCUGAGUAACUACUUGGAUCUGGAUUUUAUUCUCGCCAACACAUCUGGCGCAAGCAGCACAGGUCUCCUCGGCUGCGGCGCAGCGGCAGGUGCGGAAUAUAUGGGCUCCGUAGCCGACGCCAAUCUGUACCCGACGACCGGGAUCACCGUGCCUUCCUACACGACCAACGAGCACCGCUCUCCGCCGCCCCCCUACACCGCCAGCCUCAUGGCUGAGCUGCUGCGCUCCUCCGACGGGGAGAACGGCUACGGCGCGGCGCGGCAGGGCAGGUUUUACGGUCACGUGGCGCAGUUUCCCAGACAUCAUCAGGACAUUGUGGACAACAUCAAAGUUGAGCCCAACAUGGACAGCUACGGUCCCGUCAUGGGCAUGGCGCCCCAGAGCUGCACCAAGAUCAAGCAGGAGGGGAACGUGUCUUGCAUGAUGUCCUUCGAGCAGCCGCGCGUUGCCAUCUCCCCGCGCGCCGCAAACAGCAUGACGCCGCCGCUCAGCCCGGGCGAGCAGGGGGGCUCGGAGUGCCAAGCCCCAGUGUGCCACCCCACCCUGGGCUACCCGCACAAGUAUCAUCCCUCGUCGGCGUACCCGCACCAACACCCGCACCACCCCACGGCACCCCAGCAGAUGCAUCUGUCGUACCAGCACCCGUUCGGCGUGUACGACGAGGGUCUGCAGGGCAUGCAGGCGGGCGGCCAGAGGGUGAUGCUUACCCCGCCGUCCUCCCCGCUGGAGCUGCUCGACUCGAAGCCCAAGAGGGGUCGCCGCACCUGGCCGAGGAAGCGCACCGCCACGCACACCUGCACGUUCGCAGGCUGCGGGAAAACGUACACCAAGAGCUCGCACCUCAAGGCGCAUCACCGAACACAUACUGGUGAGAAGCCCUACCACUGCAGCUGGGAAGGUUGUGGCUGGAAGUUCGCUCGCUCCGACGAGCUGACCCGCCACUUCCGCAAACACACUGGUCACCGUCCCUUCCAGUGCCACCUGUGUGAGCGAGCCUUCUCCAGGUCCGACCACCUGGCCCUGCACAUGAAGAGACACAUGUGAGCCAUCAGCUCACAUAAGGACUGGGGGGGGGGGGGGGGG